AUGGCUUUUGACUCUGAUCUCUGGGAUCUGUUAGCUGAUGGCUACAGUUAUCAAGUAGAUGCAAAUGGUGUCAAAAUUGCAAGACGUGCAAUGACUGAUGACCAGAAGAAGGCUUACAAGAAUCAUUACAAAGCCGAAUCUAUCUUGUUAUCUGCUAUUUCUCUUAUUGACCAUGAGAAGAUCACUGACAAAGAGACUGCAAAUUCUAUAUUUGAUUCUCUCAAGAUGACUCAUGAAGGACUUAAGGUUCUGAACAAAGGUUAUUCUACAUCAGAUCAUGUUAAGAAGAUUAUCAGAAGUCUGCCUAAGAAUUGGAGACCAAUGGUAACUGUUUUGAAAAUGUCAAAGGAUUUGAACAACACUAGUCUUGAGGAACUAAUGAGUUCUUUAAGAAAUCACGAGAUUGAGCUUCAAGAAGAUGAACCUCAGAGGAAAAGAAAAUUUGUGGCUUUAAAGUCUAAGUCUGAAAAGAAAAAGGCUUUCCAAGCAGAAGAAGAAUCAGAAGAAAAAGACUCAAGCGAAGAUGAAAUGUCUCUGUUAUCCAAAAGAUUGAAUCAACUAUGGAAACAUAGAAAGCGAAAGUUCCAAGGAUCAAGAAGAUCAAAGGAUAUAAGUGGAUUAUCAUCUGGUCAAAAGAGAGCUUCUGGAAAGGAAGUUAUAUGUUAUGAGUGCAAGGAGCAUGGACACUACAAGUAUGAUUGUCCAAAGCUUGAUAAAGACAAGAAGCCAAAGAAAGCACUCAAAACCAAGAAGGGUCUCACGACAAUAUGGGAUGAGUCUGAUUCACGAGAAGAAAAUUCUGAUGAAGAACAAGCCAACAUGGUAGUCAUGGAGGAAGCUAGCACAAUGAAAGUCAUUUCAGAAAGUGAGCUGACAACUGACAAUGAGUCAAACUCUGAUGAUGAACAAGAGGUACUUUCUUCUCUUUCACGUUCUAAACUUGAAUCUCGUUUUUCUGAACUAAUGAAAAGAUAUCAUCUUCUGAUUAGUAAAUACAAAAUUUUGAAAAAGAGUUUUGUAGUUACUUCUGAGAAACCAACUGAGGAUGAUCGAGAUAAAUCUGAAUAA